AUGUUGGAGGAAUCCUCUUCUGAUAGGCCUGUAAACUUGGAGAGCAGUCCACACAAACGGCGCAUUCUCCCUGAUAAGUCCACAGAUACAUUAUACACCAACUGGCACAGGCUCAUCCCCACCCUCGUCGACCCGCAAUUGCAGUAUUACGCCCGUACUCUCGGCCAAGCCUUGGAAAGAACUCAAGAUGUGAUCUCAGCAUGUGGAACUCUCUCAUGCGCACAGAAAAGAACAAAUCUGUUGUGCCUAUUCUUCGACAGUAACCUUCCGCAGGUCCUUCUUCAUCAUGGGCUGUUCCCCACGGCACCUUCCCAACCUCGCAUGGCGGUAUCUGUUGAUCUACUCUCGUUUUAUCGCGCUCUUUUUGAGCGCUCUUGUGACGCCAUCAAUGCUCUUGCAUCCGCUCUCAAAACUCACUAUUCACGCAGGGGUUUUCAAGUGACCGACUCGCGGGGUGACCUCGUGCAAGAACCGUUUCGUCGUGGUCUAGGCCACGCCGUACAAUGGUACGAUGUCCUCCAGGUCGAAAUUGAACGGCAAGUCGAUGCAGUCCUGCAACAGACUCGAGACCGCGUUGCCAGUCUCCAGCCACCCCAACUCCCUCCUCUCACAAAUGCUGAAAGUUCGGCUUUGACUGCCUUGCACCAUGGCCGAUGCGCGUCACUCCUCGUACAACGUUGUCCAGCAUGUUUUGGUGGGACACUGUUUGGCAGACCCAUUGAUCAAGGCGGGGACAUACAUGUUGCUACAGACGGCAAUUUUCAUCACCGCCACCGACGUUCCGCGGGUGAUUGUCCUCGCUUCUACGAGCCCACUUACUUCCUUCCUAAACAGUUUGUUGAUGCAGUUGGGUGCCGAAUUGAUGCACAACGUAAGCGACCUCCAAAAGCACACACCCCCAUUGUCCCUGAUGUGGCUAUUGACCUAUGUGAGAAUGCAUAUGAAGCUGCCGACGGGAAGAAACAAAAGGCCGCAAUGGACAGCUUCGACAACACGGGAUUGAUGGCCCUUAUUUGCCGUCAUGAUAUCCCACUAUUUUUUGCUAACAUCGAUUCCCCCGGCGAGCAACAGAAAUACUCAGUUGCGCUUAUAGAACACUUGUUCACAUUGCUCCCUCCUCAAGCCACAGUCGCGACCCUCUAUGACGUAGGCUGUGUUCUGGCACGUUCCCUUUCAAAGUUUGAGAUUCUCCCUCGGGAUGUUCUAUCACGCCUGCGCUUUGCAACUACAGCCAUGCACGCCUAUGGCCACGAAUGGGCCUGCCAGCUGGUGCACAAUCCACGGAUGUGCAUUGGCCUUGGAUUAUCUGAUGGCGAGGGGACUGAGCGGUUAUGGUCGCGGUUCGUUCGCUUGAUAGGUGUCGAAAGGUCAUCAUCACGCCAGCGCCGUAUCUGGUUAAUUGACCGUCAAGCGACUGCCAUAGGAUCGGAAAUGAAGGCAGACCUUGGGGAUUGGAUCAAGCGCCGUCUGAAGCGAGGCAUCAAGGACCAGGGCUCAGCUGCGCUCAACGUGCUCAAUCGCUGCGAAACAUCUGUGGAGGACCUACGAACUCAAUGGGCUGACCAGCGACAAUCACAGCUGUCGAUUCGAGCUCAUGCCCCUGCUCGCCUCAAGAAGGAGCUCGACACAGUUCUCGCUCUACAAGCUGAUUUGGAUGUCUCGGAUCGAGCCUUGCAGGCUACGAGGACUAUGCUGGAGAAGGAGGCAGCAUCCGGUGACACUCUAGAUGUCCUCGCGAGCCUACAGAGGGGUCACGAGCGUCUCAUGACCAAAGUCGAAGCGUUGUACUCUUCUCUUAACGUUCAUGAUAGAUUUCCGGAGCUCGACGGAGUCAAUCUUGACUUCGUCCGUGUCCUUCUUAUGGCUCGAGACCUUAAAAUGAAUAUUCGGAAGCGUGCCAUCGCCAGUUUUUUCGAAUGGGAUAAGCUAGAUCGGGCUGUAGGCGGGUCCCAGCAAACAUUAGGGACGAAGCUUCAUCAACACACUCGAAAAGCCAUAGCGAAGCGCCAACCUGCUCUUAUGACGGCAAUCCGACAAUUUAAUUCUUACUGUGAGCGGUUAGAAUCACUGUAUGAUCCUGCUUGGAACAUCCCACUUCCUACCCCCCUUCCAACAAAGUUAGCUGAACUACGUGGCGACCAGACCUUGAUGCAGGAUAUCUGGGUUGUGCCCUCCGUAGGAGAGGUGCCUCGAUGGCUAGAAGACUCGGACGUCAGGGACGGAAUUCGUGCCCUUCUCAAACGUGACCGGUGCCAGGAGGAGCAAAAACGCUUAGGCAUGGAGGCUGACAAUUUGUGCCGCUUCUUCGGAGAAGAGCUAACUGCACUGGAGCUCUCACUCCGAUUGCCCGAAAAUAAGCGCUUUCGUGUUCCAUUGCAACAACGGCACUCACAUUUUAUCCGACUUCAGACGCGUUGGUCAAAUUCGCUUGCAUCAUCGGUUCGGUUCACAAGCCGUGCAAAAGAGGCGCUAGACCGCGCUAUAGCCUACUCUGGAGAUCCUCAAGAUACUGUUCUUAAUCUGGCUAGCGUAACAGUGCAGGACCCUGCUCCAGAGGAUGAACCAGUCGUCCCUGAGGUGGAUGACUUGGACUCGCAGGAGCUUGAGCCUGAGCAAGCUGCGCUUGCAGACAUCCUGGAGGGUGAUAUUGCCGGAGCGGAGCUUGAUGAAGAUCAAGACUUAGUGUCUAAUAUGUGCGCUGACAUUGUGUGGGAUUCCCCAGAGGUACGUCAAUGUCCAACACGAGUACGACCAUCAAUGGGUGGAUUCCCCCAACAAGUUUUUGAGCCGAGAGACAUCUCAUUUCUUGCUUCUCCGACAGCGUACCUGAACGAUGUUUGUAUCAAUGGCUGUGCCGUGCUUCUGCAGAUAGAUAUCCCUAACCCCACUGUAGCUAUCUUCUCCACCCACGAUCUUCCUCGCAUCCGCUACAACGCAGCCGAUGAUAUCCUUUGGCGCAAUACAUCCUGGACACGUUAUUGGGAGAAAGAUGUCUGGGUUAUCCCGAUUCAUAGGCCAACUAGUGUUGGCCAUUGGGUGGUUUGCAUUAUUUACUUGUCAAGAAAAGAAAUCCAUCUCUUUGAUAGUCUCGCUGAACGAAAACCGUGGAAACACGACUUGAAAGACAUCAUGAAACUUGUUUGUCGGCUUCUGGCAAUCGCACAUCAACGAAACAAGCAGGUACAUAUUGAUCUGGAUGGAUGGGUGGCUCGCCCAUUGACCAUCAAACCUCUCCAGACUAACGGAUAUGAUUGCGGGGUAUGGAUAUUAGCAGCCAUGAUUGCUGUCCUACAUGGACGACACAUUACGCGACUACAAGAGGAGGAAAUGAGCGACCUGCGAUAUUACCUACGUGCUCGUGUACUUUCUAUACCUGCAUUCUAG